AUGACUCGAGAUUACUCGUCAUUUGCACUUGCUGAAGAACCGGUUAUUCAGCCCAUGGCCGGAUUUGUAACGGGUUUCUCAGAGACACCAUUCACAGUGGCUUCACUCUUGUUCCGGGCGUCGCCCAUCGACCCAGCCCUGCAUCCUCCCUCGCCGUCGACUUCCCAGUCCCACGAUCUCAAGUACAACAAUUCUUCUACAAUUGAUAGUCCAUCUGCCUCCCGUCAGUCAACAACGGACGCUGUAGCGAGUGCAUCCUCGGCAUCGUCGCAGUACUUUGGGACGCUACCUGAGUUUGGUUCUCUGGACAAAAGCCCUGGCAGCAGUGACAGUAACGGCGGCAGCUUCCCUGGCUCUCUUGGCCCAUCGCUAUCAGGACUGUCUGCUCUGGCGUCGGUCGCAUCUGCCCCAACUUCCAAUCUGCGGAAUUCCGGUGGUAAUGCGCAGCCCAUGACCAAUAUGACAUACGCGACAUCAUCUCCAGCCGCUACUACUGGGGGACAAGGAAAUAGUCCGCCUGUGUGCCAGAAUUGUGGUACAUCCACCACACCCUUGUGGCGCCGGGACGAACUUGGCUCCGUCCUCUGCAACGCCUGUGGCUUAUUCCUGAAGCUCCACGGAAGACCCCGUCCGAUAAGCUUAAAGACCGAUGUGAUCAAAAGUCGCAACCGGGUCAAGACCGCUGGCCAGGGCCCGAAGCGCAAGUCUAGCAGUGCCGUCGAUGCAAAUGGACUCACGAACUCGAGAUCAGAGGCCGGUACUCCCCCGCUUGGAUCUCAUGGAUAUCGUCGCGCGUCGCGGAAGAUGUCACCGGGCCAUUCGGAUCGUUCCAACUCACCAGUAUCCCGAACAGAAACGCCUGGUCUUCCUCCGAUGCAACAACAGCAGCUCCCGCCGCAGCACAAUUCCAACAUCGCGCCGCAGCACAUGUUUGAUAGCGUUACCCUGGGAGAUCAUAGUCUGACGAAUGGGCUCCCGUCCGGACAACUGCGCCAGCCGUCUCCCACCUCGACAUCUGCAGCUGUGGACCGCCAUAAUGAGUCCCCCCAGACGGUGGAGGGACUUCUGGCAGCGAACACAUCUUUGAAGACCCGCGUGCGAGAACUGGAGUUCGUCAAUGAUCUUUUUAGGGGCCGGGUAACAGAGCUCGAACAGAGCGACGCCGCGGCGCGUCGGUCCGAGAUGAUCGCUCGCGACUCAGAAUCGCGCCUCAAGCGGGCUUUGGAAGAAGCUCAACGGCGUGAAGAAGACCUCAAGCGUCGGGUUUCUGAAUUGGAACAUCAAGUCGGAGAACAGACUCAAAAUGGCCACUUUGAGGGCAAUGACAGUCCUGGUGAGCCUUUAGCGAAACGGAUGAGACUGUCUGACGUGGUAGAUCAAUCCUCCACUUCUCCCACUAAAUCGCCAAGGAGCGUCUAA